UAGUCGCAAGCUCAUCCAUUAAUUAGCUGACCCCCAAACCGAAUUGUGAUGAGGUUAAUCCUAUUUGCGAGUAGUCUGUGGAUAGCUCUUGCCCUGGGACAGCUACCUCCUGAGAUUGAAAGAUGUGAGGCUGGCGGUUCAAUUUGCAUAGCGAAAACCGUGACCAGUAUCUUGCGAUUGUAUCCCAAGGGCCUGCCCUCCAUUGGAUUGGAUGCUCUCGAUUCGAUUGGAUUCGAUAAUGUGAUCGUUAGCCGUAUGGAACCAGAUGGGCCGGCAACGUUGGAUCUCAGAUUCUACAAUUUAACCGUAAGGGGAUUCGCGGACUCUACAGUGGCGGAGGCAAAAGGGUUCGAUGGGGAACUGCCGCGAGUUCUGGAGAUUAGUGGCUGGAUUCCAUUGCUGCAACUGGAUGGGUAUUACGAGAUGCAUGGCAGUCUGCUGACGAUGCCCAUUCAGGGCAGGGGCCAGGCACAGGUGGAGAUCAAGGAAUGCCGCUUUCGCUGCAAGGUGAGGGCAGUGGAGCAAUUCCGAGGAGAUGGCAAACGAUAUGCCGACAUAGCCAAGGUCAAGUGCUUGCUGGAGGUGCAGGGUAUGCAUCUGAAUUUUGAAAAUCUUUUCAAUAACCCCGAGUUGAGCGAUGCCAUGAACGGUGUGGCCAACACCAAGUGGCUGGAUAUUUGGCAUACCCUUCGCAAGGGUAUCACAUCGGCAGUGGAUCAACUGGUCGAAUCCCUUCUAAAACGAGUGGCCAACAAGUUGCCAUAUGACAAUUUCUAUAGAGAUUAGACAUUUAAAAAAAUCGUUUUUUUGUAUUUCUUUUGUUUUUCAGUUUUACACAAAUUAGAUAUAAUUUAGAAAUUUUAUUUGGUUCAUUUGUUUUGUACUUUCAUUUUUAAAACAGUUUUUCAAAUUCUAUUUGUUUGAUAGCUAAACAAUUAUUUAAUUAUUUAAACCUUUUUUUUAUCAGAAGUUAGCAUGAAAUGGUUAAAUGAUUUACAACCCGAAUAAUAUAAAUAUACCCCGG